AUGAAGGGGUCUAAAGCUGUUGAAGGUUUAAAUAGACAAUCUUCAAUUACAGUAGCUGUAAGAAUUAGACCAUUUAAUCAAUGGGAGAUAUCGCAUCUUAUUCCAGAAGAAAGAAGUAUAUAUGCAAAUGGUAAUAGUACUUUCAAAAAUGAAAAUGAUAAUGAUAGUCGUGUGAUAUUAAACCAAAAUUCUCUUUCUUCACCACUGCCUAUAUUACCACAAAGAGGUGUAUCGUCAUCUUCCUCUUCUCUUUCUUCUUCUGGUAAUUUAUAUAACGACCUUCCGCGUCCGAAUGGAAUAUGGUCUUUGGUUAAUUGCGUUGAUGAUAAAAUGCUUAUAUUUAACCCGAAUAAUAGAAAUGUUAAUAAUAAUAUUAAUAAUAUUAAUAAUAUCAAUAAUAGUAUCAACAACAGUGGUAAAAACAAUAAUACAGCAUUAAAAUAUAAAAGAAACCAUACCGGUUGGAGACAACGUAGUACUAGUAAUUCUAGAUAUAAUAGCAAUAGUAAUGAUAAUGGUAAUGGUAAUAGUGGUGGCAAUAAUGAAACUAAAUUUAUAUUUGAUAAAUUGUUUGAUAUGAGAACCGAACAAGAAACCAUUUAUAAUAGUCUAAUGGUCCCUUUAUUAGAUUCUGUAAUGGAUGGAUACAAUGGUACCAUUUUUGCAUACGGUGCCACAGGUUGUGGGAAAACAUACACUAUUAAUGGUACAGCAGAUGAUCCAGGGAUAAUAUAUCGUACAAUGAACGAUCUUUUUAAAAGGAUCAAAAAUUUGCAAAAUGAGAAGGAUUUCGAGAUUUUGUUGUCCUUUCUAGAGAUUUACAACGAAAACAUAAGAGAUUUAUUGGACCCCGAUACUCCUAGUCAUAAACUUGUCAUCAGAGAGGAUUCGAACCAAAAAAUCCUUGUGUCUAAUCUAUCUUAUCAUUCGCCAAGGAACGUGGAGGAUGUGUUAAGUUUAGUUGAACGUGGUAACAAAAAUAGAACCACAUGUCCCACUGGAGCUAAUCUUGUGUCGUCUAGAUCGCACUCAAUCCUACAGAUACAGAUUGUACAGAAUGAUAAGAUGAUUGAUUUGACUAAUGUGCAAAGUUUUGGUACGUUAUCGAUAAUAGAUUUAGCCGGUAGUGAGCGGGCAGCGGCUACUAAAAAUAGAGGACAGAGGCUGUUUGAAGGUGCCAAGAUAAAUCAAUCUUUAUUAGCAUUGGGUAAUUGUAUUAAUGCGUUAUGUUCGGAUACAAAGAAACAGCAUGUUCCAUAUAGAGAUUCCAAAUUGACGAGAUUAUUAAAAUUUUCACUUGGUGGAAAUUGUAAGACGGUGAUGAUAGUUUGUAUAUCACCAAGCAGCCAGCAUUACGAAGAGACUUUAAAUACAUUAAAAUAUGCAAACCGGGCCAAACAGAUUAAGACUAAGAUGAUUAAAAACCAGCAAAAUUUAAAUAGACAUAUAAGUUCAUAUUUAAAGAUCAUUAAUGAACAGAAAAAAGUUAUAAGGAAUUUACAAAAUAGAGAAUAUGUAAUUGAAAAGAGGAUAUAUGACGCAAAUAAUGAGAUUUAUGAUAUGAUACAAGUGAUAAAAAAAGACAUAAUACUAGCUACUAAUAAUGACAAUAAUAAUAAUAAUGGUAACAUGAAUAUAAUAAAUUCUUUAAUAUUAGUUAAACGAAGACUUUUACAAUUUAUUAAAUUAAAAGUGAGUAACGAUAACCGCAAUAAUGGUAACAAUUUUCUUGAUGAAAAUAUUAAAAGAUUAGAACAGCAAUUUAACAGUAAUGAGAAACAGAUUAAUGAAAGGAUCAGAUUUAUAUCGGAUCAGUAUUUACUAAAAUUCAAACAACAUAUCAAUACAAGAUACUGUGAGCAAAAUCAGAAUCAAAGAGAAGAGUCGUUGAAUUAUUAUAUUAAGAUGUAUAAUAAUGAGGUAAAUGAAAUAAUGAGUAAUUAUAACAAAAAUGUUUUAAUAGGAGCAACAGAUAUUAUGGAGGAAUUAAUGAAUGGCAUUAGUGAUAUCAAUGAAGAAAAUGAUAUAUUAUCAAUCAUCAAGGCAGGCAAUAUCUUUGAUAAUGAUAAUACAAGUGAUGAAGUAAAUGAGGAAUUAAUAAUAAAAGAAUUCGACAAAAAAUUUGAUAGAUUUGCAUUGAAAUAUUUAAGCAAAGAUGAUCAUGAUCAUACAACUACUAUAAAAAUGAAUACCACUACUAACAAUAAUGCUAAUAAUAAUAUUCUAAUACCAUCAUAUACAGAAGAUAUCAGUUUACAAGAUAUAACUAUGAUUAGAGAAUGA